UAUCACGUGUAACCUUUUUUCGAAUGUCGGUAAAUGGUGUGACAUUCGCAAGGUGGUAACUCAUGCUAUUUGCUGCAAUAUUUAGAAAAUUGUUACGGAAACGCGAAACUUUUUAAUAAAAAUCAAGAACAAAACAUGGAACCUAUGACUCUGGGAUCACCGAUGAGCAGUCCUAUACAAACUCCUGGCUCUCCAGGAAGUUCCUCGGUAUAUCUGCCAAGUUUCCUCUUGGGCGAUACCGCUACCCCAAUAAAGAAUAUGACACCUCAGGAUAAUCCACGACAUUUGAAUAUCACCAAUACCAGUCUGAUGUCGCCGAUUUCAUACGGAACUCCUGAUUAUCGGUCUAACCGUGAGAAAGCAGUAUUUGGGAACGCUAGAACUCCUAUCGCAUCACCAAUAAACACAAAAAAUCAUACCGGAGGACCACCGACCCGUGGAUUGUUUGAUAUUCUAGAGACUUCGCAACUGUCUUCCUCAUACGCACCAACUACUACAAAUCCAAAUGUCACACCCAUGCAAGCCAAUCAAUCAAAACUCAUGAUGAACACAAUAAACAGCCCACUGUUGUUCCCUGACAGUCCAAUGACUUCAAGCACAAGCGAAUCUCAAGGUCUACUGCAGUGGGUAACUGUUUUUGGCUUUUUGCCAACCGAUAUUAACGCUGUGCUGUCUCAUAUCUCCAGCAGAGUCCGAAUAGUGGAUAAACAUCCAGCCCCGCAACCACAGAGCAAUUGGAUGCAUUUAAAAUGUGCCUCGGAGCAAGAAGCGCAAAGAGCCCUCACAUGUAACGGCAGUAUUGUUUCGGGCUCGAUCAUGAUCGGCGUGAUACCAUGCACGGACGAAGGCGUUGUUAUGAGCUCGGACAAGGAAAACCGCGCCAAACUGAACGGCAGCACGAGAUCGUUCUCGUCAAUCGCGAAAGGUAGUCAGUCACCGAAUUUCAAUGGAAUGUCGCCUGGCAGACGACGAAAAUUAAGAUCCUUGGCAGCUGGUUACAAUCAGCAUUUUAGUCCGCAAACAGCACAAUCGCCGGAGAACGUACCACAAAAGUCGGCCGGUUUAGUAUCAAAAGCAAUGGAAUAUAUGUUUGGUUGGUAGCCUAUCAAAUGAUUGUAUCGAACUUUACACCUUCCAAGACUCAACUUGGGAGAUCGCAUAAUAAAAGAAGAAAAUGGAAAGUGUUCAAUGUGAUUUUUAACUAGAAACAUCAAAUCUUUCCGCUGUUCUGUUAUAACAAGGAAAUGUUUUAAAUAUUUGAAGUAUGCGAUGUGUGUACAAUAUGUACGAUGUAAGAUGUCUUUAGAGCUAACUCCUUCGAGAUACAUUAUUACAAAUUAUCACAUGUUACUCAAAUAGCUUAUAUAUCUUGAUGAUUAUGUGGGACAAAAUAAAAAAUGUUGUACACAUGUA